AUGAGGAAUAUGCAGAGUGAGAUCUGGAGAAAUCUUCCGCAACACGUUUUGGAGAUAAUCGUUGGCAAAUUGGAUGUGGAAAGCCUGGUGAAAUUCAGGUGCGUGAGCAAAACAUUCAAGAAUUUUGUUUCUUCGGCUUCGUUCAGAUCUCUUCGUCUGGAAACCCAAGAGACGAGUCCAUGGCUGGUGAUGUUCAACAAGCAAGAUCAGUACAGAUUUUGCAGAGCCUACGAUACAGUCAACAAGAAAUGGCAUCUGAUUUCUGUGGAAUUCCUCCCUUAUAAUCGCCGCCAUAAUCUCCAGCUGCUGGCGGCUUCUUCACAGUUGCUCUGUUUCACAACACAGAGCUGUGUGAUCUUGUGCAAUCCUCUGACACAAAAAUGGCGGCGCCUGGUUUCUUCGUGCAUCAAUUUACUGACCCAUGAAAUGCACCGCGCCAAUCGGCCCGCCAUUGCUAUGGCCACUCUCUCUGCCGACGAUGAUGUUCUGUUCAUGCUCUGUAAUGGCAGAGCAAUCAUUUACAGCACAAGAUCAGAUCGUUGGGUAGCUCAAACUGAGUCGGUCCCGAGGUCGAAUCUCAGGAGCGAUGCUGUUUUCUGUAAUGGGAGCUUUUAUUUCAUUAGCUGGGAGGCAGAGGAAAUCCUGGCUUAUGAUUUAGAGCGGUCAGAAUGGAAAAUAUUGGAUGGUCCCAUGGGAGAGGAAGCUCUGGCAUUUGGGCGCCUUGUGAGCUGUGGAAAGAGUGUUUUUGUUGUGGGGGGAAUUGGGUUUGAGGGCAUUGCCAAGAGUCUCUGCAUUUGGGAGCUCCAUGAAUCUUCAAUGGAGUGGAAGGAGGUUGACUGUGCUCCACAGAUGAUGUCCAGUGCUCUUUUCUCUGGCUGCUAUCACAACUAUGAGCAUAUUUACUGCUUUGGGCAUGGAGAUUCUAUAUGCAUGUCUUGUGUCAGUUGGCCUGAGGUGCUGAUUUACAGUCUCUCAUGGAGAACUUGGAAUUGGGUGCCUCCUUGCCCUGUGCUUUCUAACAUGGCUCGGUCUGGUUUUCGUUGGGUUUCCUUCAAACCUACUUUCAAUGGCUUGGUCUAA